CUAGAGUCCCGGAAGUCCUUCUUCGUGUUCCAGGAGACCCCGCGCGCCCCAGUUCCCAUGGUAACAGCAAACUGAAAACACUAGGGCUGCGAGAGUUGCAGGAAGAACAGUUUUUGCCAUCAAAUGACUUUUGAGACCAGUUGCCAUCUUCUCCCAACAAAAAGCCAUCACUUUUCUGGAUUGUCUGGAAGUCCUGAUCAUGUCAUGAUUUUCACCAGUGAUAUGAGAAUCUGGCCAAAAUCUGAGAUGCAGUUUCUACAGCUGCAGUGAGAGGUUGCUUACUAUGUCAUUGAUUGAUACAACAAGUGUAGAUGACCAUUUCCAUCAUACAGUAUUAGAAGACAAGCCUACAGAAUGCAAAAGAAAUCUAGGCACUGGUGAUUUUUCCAGGAACAGUAACAACAGCACUGGAAGCGUUGAUUAUAGCAGAACCCAAGGUUCAAGUGGAAACUUUAGUUCUCACUAUGAUUAUUCAGAAGAUUUUGUCUCUGAAUAUUCUGCAACAGCUGUUAAUGGCAGUUGUGUCGAUCUGUUUGAGACAAAAGUAAAAAAAGAAGAGAAGAAAAAGAAAAAUGUUUGUAAUGUUGCCCAACAAAAAGGAUUUAAGGAAAUCUCACCCGAAAAACUGCAGAACUGGAAUACAGCCUUAACUUCUCAAAUUAGUAUCAUUACCCAAAAAAGAGAUGCUAUGGCUCAUCGCAUAAUGUCAGCAAGGCUUCAUAAGAUUAAGGAACUGAAAAAUGAAUUAGCUGAUAUUCAUCGUAAACUAGAAGCAACUGUCUUAGAAAACCAACUCUUGAAACGACUUCAAUUCAGGCACUUGAAAGCAAUAGGAAAAUAUGAAAAUUCACAAAAUAAUUUACCCCAGCUUAUGGCUAAACAUCAUAGUGAAGUAAAAAAUCUAAGGCAACUUCUUAGAAAAUCUCAGGAGAAAGAAAGAAAUGUGUCCAGGAAACUUAGAGACACUGACAGUGAGUUAUUAAAGACCAAAGAUUCCUUGUUAACAUUGCAGAAACUUUCUGAAGACAAAAGUCUCGCAGAGAGAGAAGAACUUACGCAAAAAUUGUCUGCACUUAGCACAAAAAUGGAGGCCAAUGACAAAAGAAUACAGAGCUUGGAAAGACAACUGAGACUGAACAGUAGUGCAUUUAGUCGUCAAUUAGCUGCUGAAAACAGAAAGACUAUAACAGCUAAAAAUACUUCAAAGAACCUUCAAAUGGAAGUAAAGUGCCUUCAACAAAAACUUAAGGAAAAAGAUCGAGAACUUGAUAUAAGAAAUAUAUAUACUAACCGGUUCCUUAAAAAUUUAUAUGACAAAGAUGAACAACUAAAAGGAAACCAUGAGAAGACCACUGAAUCUUUCAAAGUUUCUUCACCAACUACAUCCAUAAAAGCAGAAAAGAAAUACCGUCUAUUUCCAUGUAUAGUUCCACAUCAUUUGAAGGAAAAUACAGAAGAUAGUGUAUCUCUGCUAAUUAAGGAGGAAAAAGCCACAGGAAAUGAUGCUGAAAAGGAAGAAACAAUUCAUGUCAGUCAUGAAGUAAUCCAUGAUGUCUAUAAAUUACCAAAUAAAGAAGAUCCUGAAAAAAUAUAUAAAGAUUUACUAAAGGAAGACAUACACAGGGAAGUACAAACACCACUGGAGAGUAAUGGAAGGCAAAGAGAGAAAAAUUUUUUAGAAAAGAUACCUAAUUUGCUGAAAGAAGAACAAGCGACAUCAGCACAAAGAGAACGUUUAAUUACUCCAUUAAGGGAAAACAAUCAUCAUCUUAAUGUAGGAAAAGAAAAUCUUAAAAUUAGUGUAUCAAUGCAUGACACAGAUGAACUGCAUAAUAAAUAUGUCAUUCAAAAUAGUAAAAUUCCACUUAGGCAAAGAAAACAUUACUCUUUCACUGAAGCCAUUGAAAAUUUGCACAAUGGAAUUCCUACUUCAGGUACAUCUAGUUUAGGAGCCAGCCGAAAUAGUCAAAUUAUAAACAAGCAACAAGGUAAUGCAACUGACCUGAAGACAGAAAAUUCAGUUAGUAGGUAUGAACCAUCAUUUGGUAAAUCUUCUAAAACAAAAACAAAAGAUUCAUCAAGUGAAAAGAAUGGGAACUGUACAAAUACAGCUUUGAGGGAUAAGAAAAGUAAUCUGAUGGAAGAACUCUUUGGAUCAGAUUGUGUCUUAAAAAACAAUCCCACAAAUACUGAUCUUAAAUCACCUAAUAAAGAAAAAGAAAGUUUGGAAAGUGAUAGGAUGCAAGAUCCUCAUAAUUAUCGAUCUUCAGCCAUUAAUGCUUUUGGAGAUUCUAAGUAUGCCACCAUAAUUUAUAACGGCUUAUGUCAAAACAGCGUAAGGAAGAAUUCCUUUGUAAGAGAAACAGAUGAGGGCAACUUGAAAAGGAGCAACAAAACCAGGAAAUGAUUCUGCAGCUAAAAGUUGCUUUUGUCAAAGAAAUGUUCAGCAAUAGCCAAGUGUUGGCCUUACAAACUUCUCUUUCAGAAAUUUUCCUUAUCUGGCUAAAAUGGACAUCAUAUUUUAUGAAAAUUAAAACUAACAAAUGGGCAAUAUUCAGUAUUUUUAUUAUCGUACCUCUGGUUUUUACCACACAUUUGUAACCUUCCAUCUGGCUUACUUUCAGUUAUCUUUAUUAUAAAAAGAUUAAAAAUAGAAACAAUAAA